AUGGAUUCAAUUGCCGGCUAUGGUAGCAGCAGUGAGAGCGAAGAUGAAGCAAGUAGUGACCAAAAUAAAGAUAGCCUCAGUCUGCAGACCUCAUCAGUUAAGAAAACACGGAUCAGUGUCGACAAGUUCGCCAACUCAAAAUCCUCUUCCGUGGAAGCUAGCCCGGAUUCGCCAACUGAUCCGAAAGCCAGCUCUGAAUUCGUAAUUCAGCAGACCAUAACAAGAAGUAGCAAAGUCGCUAUAUGCGCAACACCCAUCAGUGGAGCUUAUAUUUCUAAGAGAAAGCGUAUAAACACACCUUCACCUACAGACACAGAAAGUACCAUGACACUUACUUCUGAUGUGAAAUCCUUACUGAGGGACAGUGACUGUCAUGUAAAGCAAAAGAAGUUGGCUAGUUCACUUCCCAAGUACUGUGAAAAGUUACCGAAAGAGCACUCCAAACCAGUUGUGUCUCUGCGUUGGCAUGGGAGUAACAGCUCUCUGCUUCUCUCCUGUUCUCUGGAUGGUAGCAGCAGACUGUGGGAUGGUGUCAAUAAGAAAUCAAUCCAGAGGUUAUCACUGCAUGGCGGAGUAGCCAUAAGUUGUGGAAUGUGGGUAGCAGACAACACGAUUGCUACAGGAGGGUACGACAACCGUGCACUGUUGGCAGAUGUAGAGAAGAGCAAGGUAAUCACUUCAUUUAGCCACCAGGACUAUGUGUCUGCACUGCAAGUCCAUCCUGGAGACAAUAACCUUGUGUUCACCGGAGACUAUGGUGCCAACAUAUUCAGCUGGGACCUGCGCACUGGGAAGACUGUGCAGCAGUACAGAGGUGCAGGAGGAAGGAUCCUGGACAUGGCUAUCCUACAGUCAGGGAAUGAACUGCUAGCCUCUUCUGAUAUUGUACGGAAGAAUGCCAGUAGCCAGUCCCUGAGAGUGUGGGGGGUCGAGUCAGCAGUGGCCAUGUCUCACCAGAUCUAUCCAGAGCCCUACACCUGCCCCUGUGUACAGACACAUCCGUACAGAAACGAGUUCUAUGCCCAAUCCAAUGGAAACUAUAUAGUCAUAUUCUCAAGCAGAAAGCCUUACAAGUGCAAUAAGCGCAAGAGGUAUGAAACGCACACAGUAGAGGGGAAUAAGGUCCAGUUUGACAUGUCUCCUGACGGGAGGUUACUCUGUUCAGCCAGUGCCGAUGGAAGAGUGGUGCUGUACGACUGUGGCACUACUCGGCCUCUGAAAACAUUACCAGUGUCGGACAGUUGCUGUGUUGCUGUGGCGUGGAACCAGCAUACAUCCUCUGUUAUUGCUGUGUCUGAUUGGAGUGCCAAUAUUGCUGUCGUAAAAUAG